UAGAGCUUAACGCGCGCACCCAAAUCGGUUUAGAAAGCACAACCUUGACUGGCCGGAGAAGGAAGUGUUAUAUGAAGCUAAUACGAAAUUCAUAUUUCCAGUAAGUUCAAAGAGGAAAACACUAGUAAAGACUUUCAUUUAACCGAGCUCUUCAAGUACGAUAGGUUAUGAAACAAUAUGAUGAGGGGAAGCCUAUUCUAGCUAAAAGGACAUUAAAGAGAGUUGAGAAGUGAAGGAUAUCAAAUGUUUCAAAAAGGACAAAGGAGGGUUAGUGGUGCAUCCCAUAUCUUUCUGUUACAAAGAAAGCUGAGAAGGUUAGCUCAUUGGGUACUAGUGGGAAGAAGGUGAAGUUGGAGGGGAGCAAGGAGCACUUUAAGCUACAUAUUAGUGAAUAUUGCAGAACUGAAAUGCUAAGUGUUGAGCCUAAGUGUAAUAGUCCUGGGAGGGUAGGAAUGGAUGCCCGUAAGUACAGGGAAUGGCCUGGAUCACGCAUAAGAAAAGCUAAUGUGUCAGGAUUGGAUGCACUGGGCUGGGGGAGGGAAGGGAUAUCACUAAAGUAAAGUCAUACCCAGUGCACAAAGCUCCCACUUCUUGCGGGGUCUAGGAGGGGUCAUAAUAGGCAACCUUACCCCCAAUUUUUUCUUUUGAGAGAGGUUAAUUCCUAGACUUGAGCCUACGACUUGUCGCUUUUGGUGGUAGGUUCUUGCCAUCACACUAAGGGUCGUUUUUGGUGAUAUCACUAAAAUAAAGUGCAAAUACAUUUUACUUUUUUUCUCUCUUUGAUGCCUAAUGGGUAAUCCCUUGUCAAGUUGGCUUUGUUGGCAUGUUGGUGUAAUGAAACUUGGUGGGAGGAGAGCCAUGUUGUUCGGAAAUUGGUGCCAUUUCAUGUGGACUAUACAGCAUUGAAGAGAAGUAGCAGUCCUUAGAGGGAUCAAAUUGAGAUUUGUUAUGACUUUAUUUUCUUGAGUCUUGCCUUUAUCUGGCCUUGGAGAGUUGGAGUUCCAGGUCUCCAGCUCUUCAAUUUGAUUUCUUGAAAAGGAGCAGGCUAAAUUCUGUAAAUUAGAGGUUAUGCUAGGAAAGAGGGAAAAAUUGUCUCAGGGUGGUGGUGGUGCCGCUGGAGCCAAUGCUUCCAAGGAAUUUGAGGAAGGGGUGGCUGAGAUUUCCCAUUCAAAAAGGCAAAGGGUAGAUGUAGAUUCUAAACAACAGUGUGUUUCUAAUACAGAACCAAGCCGUGAGGCCCAUGACUUGCAUAACGUCUCUCUUCCUGGCUUAAAAUCCCGUUUAGAAGGCAAAACUGAUGGUGAAGACGUGAGAUGUGUUAUCUGCAUGCGUGGAGGAAAGCUCCUCAGAAGCUGCGAUGGAAAAGGGUGCAAAAGGAGGUACCACCUCUCUUGUCUCAAUCCUCCUCUGAAUUAUGUCCCUCCUGGAGUAUGGCAUUGUGUUUGGUGUGUUAAAAAGAAGAUGGAAAUGGGCGUGCAUUCUGUCUCUGAAGAGGUUGAAUCUAUCUGGGAUGCCAGAGAGGUGGCUUCGGAUCAUGAAGUGUUGCAGAGGCAGAAGCAGUAUUUUGUCAAAUACCGUGGUCUUUCUCACGUUCACAACCGUUGGAUUCCAGGAACACAGUUGCUUACUGAAGCUCCCAAACUUGUUGCAAAAUUUAACAUAAAAAACCAGAUCUUACGGGUAACAAGGUGGAAAUCAGAGUGGACUGUGCCUCAUCGUUUGCUACAGAAAAGAAUGCUAUUAUUUCCGAAACAAUCUGAUGAACCUUGUGAUGGAGACUAUGACAACAAUUCAGAUUGCCGUUAUGAAUGGCUUGUGAAAUGGACUGGUCUUGGUUAUGAACAUGCUACAUGGGAGUUGGACAAUGCUUCAUUUUUUAUUUUGCCUGAAUCUUUGAAGCUCAAAAGCGAUUAUGAAAGCCGUCAUAAGAAGUCAGAAAGUCUGUCAAGUGCAUAUAAAGCAGAUGAGGAAGAGAAAAGUACCAUACGUGAAUUGUCAGAGUUAUCAUUUGGAGGUUCACCUGGAGAACAUAACCGUCAUCUAAGUUUUGUGAACAAGCUUCGUGAGCAUUGGCAUAAAGGUCAGAAUGCCAUUGUUGUAGAUGACCAUGCAGAGCAGGAGCAGGCUGUGAAGGUGAUCUUGUUUAUAUUAUCCUUGCAUCUUGAUGUACAGAAGCCAUUUUUGGUCAUCUCAACUUCCACUGCUCUUUCUGUCUGGGAAGCUGAGUUUUUGCAUUUGGCACCAUCUGCCAACAUUGUAGUUUAUUAUGGGAACAGAGAUGUCCGAAGUAGCAUCAGAUCAUUGGAGUUCUACAAUGAAGGUGGUGGGAUAAUGUUUAGUGUAUUAUUAUCAUCUGCAGAUGUGGUUGUUGAGGAUUUACAAGUGUUAGAAUGCAUAGAAUGGGAAGCAAUAAUAAUUGACAAGUGCCAACGUUCUAAAAUGUCAAAGCAUUUUGAACAAAUUAGGAUGCUAGCUGCCAAUAUGAGGCUUCUUCUCAUCAGUGGUCAAAUCAAGGAUUGUCAGAGUGAUUAUCUCAAUUUGCUUUCCCUCCUUGAUUAUGGCUUUCAUGGGUUAAACAGUGAUAAUAUGGUGAUUGACUCUAGUACUGAUAUUUCCCUAUUAAAGGAAAGAGUAGCACAGUACAUUGCAUCUGAAUGCAAGUCAGGCUCUCCUAGAUUUGUAGAGUACUGGGUCCCUGUCCAGCUUUCCAAUGUGCAACUUGAGCAGUAUUGUGCUUCUCUGCUCUCAAACUCGAUGUUUCUUUCUUCAUGUUUGAAGAGUGAGCCAGCUGAUGUGCUUCGUGACAUUAUCAUUUCAGCUAGAAAGUGCUGUGACCAUCCCAAUCUUCUGGAUCAGUCUUUGCAAAGCUUUGUCACAAAUAUAGAAGAGAAUCUGGAUGUUGGAAUAAAAGCAAGCGGAAAAUUAAAAGCUCUUGAUAAAAUCCUUUUGGAGAUUAGAAAUCGGGGUCUCAGAGUUUUGAUCCUAUUCCAGUCAAUUGGAGGUUCAGGACGGUAUUCUAUUGGAGACAUUCUGGAUGACUUUGUCUAUCAAAGAUUUGGUGGGGACUCAUAUGUACGUAUAGAUGGUAGAGGGUAUGCCCAUUCAAAGAAGCAAGCUGCUCUAAACAUGUUUAAUGACAAAGAGAAUGGAAAAUUUGUGUUCUUGAUUGAAAAUCGUGCUUGUCUCCCAAGCAUUAAACUUUCAUCAGUGGACACUGUUAUACUAUUUGGCAGUGAUUGGGACCCACAGAAUGAUUUAAGGGCGCUACAUAGGAUCUCUAUCAGUUCACAGUUUGAACAGUUAAAAGUAUUCCGUUUAUAUUCAUCAUGUACAGUGGAAGAAAAAAUUUUGAUACUUGCGAAGGAGGGUAUGGCUCUUGAUAGCAAUAUACACUCAAUAAGCUCGCAUACUUGUCAUUCACUGCUAAAUUGGGGUGCUCCCUAUCUAUUCAAUAAGCUUGAUGACUUCCAUGGUUGUAAUUCCUCAGACUCAGGUUCAAACAUGUCAUCUGAACAGUCACUUUUAGAUGAUGUACUCCGUGAGUUGUCAACCCAAUUGCCUAACAGUGGUGACAACAGUGACCCGAGUAACUACUCAAUUAUUUUAAAAAUACAGGAGGGUGGAGUGUAUGCCAGAAAUCUUUCAUUACUUGGUGAGAGGAAAAUGCAGUUUGUGGACAAUGAAUCGCCUUCUAUUUUCUGGAAAAAUCUGCUUAAAGGAAGGAGUCCGCAGUGGAAAUUUUUGUCUAGGCCAUCCAAGAGGAUCCGAAGAAAAGUUCAAUAUCUUCAUGACUCACCAAAAGAAUCUGAAUUUGAAAAUGUUGUUGUCACUAAGAAGAGCAGGAAAAUGUUCAACAACACAGUUGAUACUGUAAAAUCCAACUCAAGAUUGAAGGACAAAAGAAAAUUAGUUACAAAAAAAAAUACAGUCAAAUUAGCUGAGAACAUGGGUGGCAUAAAUCAGGACAAUGAUUCUCCAACUGAACAUCCUGUGGCUAGUAAUGUUGCAAGAGAACCUGAAAUUGACAUGGUUGAAUCCAGGAAACAAGAAAUUCAGACUGAUGUGUGGAAGACUACUCAAUUCUUGCCAAAGCUGGAGAUGUCAAAACUUUGUGAAAUUCUACUGCUUCCAGAGAAUAUCAAGGACACUGCUCUAAGGUUUCUAAAGUACAUGAAGAAAAAAUUUGAUGUUAGCUGGAAAGAAAUUUCUACCUUACAGGCCUAUCAGAUAUCGCUGUGUUGGGUUGCAGCUUCUUUGUUGAAACACAGUAUUGAUCACAAGGAAUCGAUUACACUUGCAAAACUGCACUUAAAUUAUGACUGCAAGGAAGAAGAGGUGGAUUAUAUCUACUCUGAAUUGCAGAAGGUAAAGAAAAAGUUUGCACGCCAUUUGGAAAAAAGGAGAGCCAAGGGAUCACAUGGUGCAAAAGCUUCAAAAUCGACUAUAUCCAACUAUCAAGAUGUGGUAGAAGGUGAGAUGGAAAGGGGCUUUCAGAGUCAUCAUUUUUUAGAUCUAUCUGAACCUGCCACAGUGGAACAGGCACCUGACUGUAGAAUGGUGCAGACGAAUCAUAUCUCUACUAGCAUAACAAGAGUUCCGGAUAUUUGUGAUAGAAGAACGGAAAAAUCUAUUCAACACCCACAAACGGACAUUCAGGAAUUUCAUGAAAGGAUGAUGGAGGAAAGGGAAAAGUUGGAGGAAGAGCACAGGUUAGAGUCUGCCCUUACUUGUACAAAUGAUCAGGACAUUCCAGUAAGAUUAGAUAAGCUUGGGAUAGUAGAUCACAACUUCAAGGAAAAUUUGGAUGAAAACAAUCAUAAAACAGAACCUGUUGCUUCACAGCAGGAUUCAAGGAUUGAACAUGAACAAAUGAAUGCUAACGUAGUAGCCUCGUUAGAAAAAUCAAAACCAGGGGGUCCAACAGCAAUAUCAGGUAAUCUCCCAUUGGGCAACUUAGAGGUCAAUGAGGGCAAACUGCAACAAAGUGAUACAGCUGAAAUUAACGAUGGUUCCCAGAAUGCUGGUCCUAAUGCUAUGCCUUAUUUCCAAAACCAGAAUCAUGCUGGAACCAUACCAAGUCUGCCAUCUGAAGUUUCUCAAAUUUCUUAUCUUGAAAAGAUAUCCUGUAAUUUGCCCAGAGAAAUGGAAACUAUUUCCAUAGAGUCUGAUCCAGAGAGUGAUAAAACGGAAAUUAUGGCCUCAACAAGAGAUGGAAGUAUGUGUGCUGAGCAGCAUGAUAAAGCAGGUUCCAGUAAUGAUCCCACAAAUGGUGCCCUUGUGUCGUGUCCUUCAGAUUGGGAGAGUCCUAUUAGAAAUGCGCAGAUUGGACAAUGUGUGGAAGGACCUUCUGGAGUUCCUCAUACUCUGAGUGAAGUGGUCAUAGAUGAUGAACCCAUGGAAAUGUUACCUCAUGUUGUGCAUCCCACUGAAGAGUUUAUUGCAAAAGAUGCUGUGACUCUGGAAAGCACAACUGUUACUGAGGUCAGGCAGCAGAAUGGAGCAGUCACUGCCAAUUGUGGACAGUCAGCUGCUCUGGCAUUUAAUGGGACUUACUCAUCCUUGGUGCAGCCAGACAUUUGCCUGGCCCAAGGAAAUUCACUGGCAUCACAGCAGCUGCCUAUAUCUAUUUAUCCUUCCUCCACCGAACACAAUCUAGCCAGCAUACCUGCAUCCAGUGGGAUACAACAUCACCAGAGCAGUGGAAGCCAUUCCUACAGUCAAGAGGCUCUAACUCCAAGAUCACCACCUUUAGAGAAUCUGCUGGAAUUUUCUGACGUUAUGCAUCCUGUUAUGGAUUUGCCCCUGGAACCAUUCAUAGUUAUGCCUGAAAGUGGAAGUGAACAUCUUCCAUAUAGGAGCGUAUCGGGACCAGUGAAUUAUCAUACACAAUUUGUUCCUGUGAUACCUGAGAGGCCUGUUUGCUUAAACCCACUUCAAAUUGAAAUGGAAAGAAUACAGAGGGAUAAGGAGCAAGCCUUCAAGAUACACAACCAUAGGAUAUUGCAGCUGAAAUCUGAAUGUGACAGAGAGAUUGAAGAGAUACAUAAGAAGUAUGAUUUGUUACGUCAGGAUGCUGAGACAAAAUUGAUGCAAGUGCAGAGGGAUCUUGAGACAUUUCAUGGCAAGGUUUAUCUAAAUAAGUUAUUGGCAGAUGCUUUAACACUAAAGCAACAAAUUCCUACGUCAACUGGGUCACUACAUAAAGAUCAAGCUGCAUUAUCUAGUCUCAUGAAUCAGUGGAGUCAGCAACCUGCUCAGAUGACUGCUCCAAUACUCCAACAAUGUUGGGCCAGCCCCCCAAUGAAUAUCCCACCUGUAAUUACCACUCCCAUUAAUCCACUUUUUAACGCAAUGACCCAAUUCGCCGUGCAAAAUGGCUGUGAAUUACGUGCCCCUGCCCCACACAUUCAAGCCUUAGUUCCCCCAUCCAUGCCAACAGCCCAUUUCUCAACCCAAUACAGUGGGAUGCCCUAUCUGUGAUUACCCAGUAAUCAUCUUGCAACAUCAUUUAGGCUGACACUGCAACACCGAAGCAUACCAAAAUUGUAGAAAUUUCCAAGUUUUGCACUGAUACAUAGUUUACCCAUGGCUUCUUAAUCAGCUCUGGCUCUGGUAGGGUUUUUGACUGCUCGCUUUGGUGCAGAUAGGCCUAAUUCUUGUAGGAUAUGAAUUCAAUGUUUUGGAUGUACAUCACUGUUAGUAGCAAUGACAGCAUUGAAUAUAGUGAUUCACUAAUCAUUUAUAGUAUACAGUUUACGUUUUUACCUGGCAAA